AUGGACAACAGAAAGAGACCAACAGGUUCCUCCAACUCAGGGAGUUUGGUUUUCUGGUCCUCCUCAUUUCCACGGCAACCAGCCAGGGUCCUGAUUGUGGAGGCGCUGCCGCCCUGGUGGUCAGAGACCUGCACUGUGCUUUGUGAUGCUCUGGACAACUUCCUGUCCUUGGCCUGUAGUCUGGAUGGGCCCUGUAGGAUCCCACUACUGAGCCUGUAUGCAGUCAGCAGGCAGCAGGAAUGUCUACUGCCAUUUGUGCAAGUUUGUGGUAACUUGGCCAGGCUGCAUUCCUGUGUGGAGGAGCUGAGGUCCAUUUCAGGUGAAGGCUGUAUCAGGGGAGCAGCCAGAGGAGGUGAUCUGUUGCGACAGGCAGUGCUGGACAGUCUGCAGCAGUUUAAACAGUACAUUAGACAUACCAAUGCUGGCAGCCAGACCAGCAACAACUUAUCUGUGGAGGUUACCGUGGUGACCAGCCAGCCGGGUCGCGGCACCGUCCAUCAGUUGGAGAGGGGUCUCAGAGAUGCCGACCUGAUGUCACUGAAGAGGCUCCUGGUCGUGCAGAUUGAUAAUGCAGGAGACUGGGGUCAGGAUACUUCCUCACCUGAGGCCACACAUACUGACACUGAAGACUCUCUGAUGUUGGGCACUGAGGUCGACCUGCAGCAGGUGGAGAGCAGCGUGGUCGCCGUGGAGAUGGUGUUAAAGGCGUGGCUUCAGGAGCAGGGAGGAGACAGGGAGCACCUGCACCUCCUGCUGCCAAGCCCACUGGAUGAUCUUAUCCCAGUGUGCGUGAAGUGUGACAUGCAAGAGUGUCUGAUAAGCCCCGCCCUCAUCCCCGUGGCCCCCAGCCUGGGAGUGAAGACUGAGAGUGUUCGGGACUUCCUGCCCGUCACCAAGAUGUCAGCCAAUCAGAGCCCACCACCACAGAGACUGAAAGCAAUCAAGGUUCUGCGUGCAGACGGAGUGUGUCAGAGUGUGUUAUACGGCCUCCCGCUGGUGAUACGCCCCACCACCUGCUGGAAGCUGGACUGGGAUGAAAUGGAGACCAACCACGGCCUGUUUCACGCUCUCUGCCACACACUCAGGAGUCGUGACUUGUUCCUGCUGCUGCAGGUGGAGCCUCCUCAGAAGUCUGCAGCUGGAGGCUCAGGUGUGUAUUCUCACUAUGUCCUCCAGCCGUCACCAUCCCUCUCCCUCCUCCUGAAGCCUGUUGUGUCCAGAGAGCUGUUGCUGCCCUUCUCACUGCCCGUCUCAGCUCAGGACCCUGCACCUAACACCAUGCAGAUCAUACAGGGUUGUCUCACUCAACUGGAUGAGGAGUUUGUGUUAAACCCUCUAUCGCUGAACACUAACCUCUACCAGCUCUUUAGGAACAGGGGCCUGCUCUCACAGCCAAGAUACCCGUACAGGCUCCAGCCAGCACCUUCCCACAGAGACCCGCCUCAGACAGUAGAGGGCCUUAAAAGCUCGGCCAGCAGACAGCCUCGGCAGCCACAAAACCAGGGUCGCCAACUGGGAACAAGCAGCAAGAUGAGAGCCACUGUGGCUCCCCUACCCUCCUCCUCCUCUGCCUCCUUUUCCUCCUCCCUGGGACCUCCUCCUUCGAAGGCCUCCCGUCCAGCUUUAAGCUUCCUCAGCAGCAGCCGUCGGGCUCCAGCUCCUACUAGACACGAGGAAGACAAUGACGAUGAAAACUCAAUGAUAAUACAGUAAGGACACUUCAGGAGGAGAGUGAGAGGAGGGAAAUACAGUGACAGAGCUUUUAAAAUCCUGACCUUCCACUUCAAAGGGGUUUCCAGCGGUUAACGAUAAAGCUUAGUCAGCACACAAGCUCAAAAGUACACACACAUUUGGCUAAUUGGUCUCCAUUGUAAAGCUUGUGAGCAAUCAUACAGCUCAUAAAGCCUUUAAAGACUCAUAAAGAGGGGAGAGAUGCACAGUAAUUUGCACGUAAAUAUACACAAGAGACAUUUGUUGCACACUCUGAGCGGUUCUUUUCACACUUCCAUUCAUCUCUUUCGUUAUGAGCUGGAUGUGAAUUUACCGCUCGCGUGUAAGAAAGGAAAGUUUCUGCCAUUUUGGAUUGCUGAGACAGCAAAAGCUUCAAAAUCGCACACUAUAAACAAUGAAAACCAGGAGAAGAGAUGAAAAGAAGGGAAGCAGCGGGACAAUGAAGGCCUCAGACGGUCAAAAAUGGAAGGAAGAAAGUAAUAAGAAAAAGAACAAAGGGUGGGUGGUGUGGGAGAUCAGAGGGAAACUUUCAGCUGAUGCAUGUAUAAAAAGCCCUGUGAGCAUGUGACAGCACAGGGUAGAAACCUCAAGUCAGAAAGAAAAGAGCCACAAAACUACAAUGAAUUAGACUUACUGUAUAGGACAAACACACACAUACGCGCAUUCCUUUCUUCGUUUUGCCCUUGAGCCCCGGUUCGAACACAGCUCCACUGUUUUAACGAGACAAGAGGAGAAAGCGGCAGACAGUGGGGCCUCUCUGCUCUCCUUCACCCCCACGGCCAGCUCUCUUUCUGGGGGUUGAAAGGCAGCACGAGUGGGGCGGUGGAUGGAAGAAGAACAGAGAAAAGCGAUAAAAAUCUCCAGCGUGUUUUUUUAAUGUGACAACUUUGCAGUGAGGGAAAAUUUCCGUUGUGUUUUGAGUUGGCAGAAUGUCACCGCCGGUCGAUUUCUGCACAUUUACACACAGACAAUGACUCAUAUUCAUACGUAGAUAUUGGUCAGCGACAUACAGUGUGCUCAUCGUUGUUACUAUUAAUUUAUUCCUCGUCAGGGAGAUUCGUCACACACACAUACGCUCAUACAUAGGCCUAAUCAGCCUCCCGCCAUUCCACCCCCUUGUUGAACCUUAUAACAUUAGGGACUACCCGGUGACAAAUGGCUUGUGAUGUCACAGGACUUCCGCAUUCACAAAUUACAACCACAACGAUGCUUUUGUCUCUGUGGAGAAUUCACCCGCUGACAUUUUGCCCACUUCUCUGUCCUUUCCCUCCUCUCUCUUCUCUCUCUCUACUUUCUAUUUAAUCCUCAUGAGCCAGCGUGUUCCAUAAAUUUGUUCAGAUACAACAUCAGCAGCCUCUCUGUCCCCAAAAAGGUCAAAGAACUCCAGCUAAAGUUCCUCAGUUUGACCUGAACGCUAUCAGACGCGCUGCUCGUUAAAUGUCACAACUGCCAGAGAUUGAUGGGGAUGUGACCGGCAGCUGACAAAAGUGUGAUUGUUUGUGUUUGAAAAUUCACUUCACAGAGUUGAAUUUCUUCUAGUCAGGAGGGUUUUUUUUUUUUCAGGUUUUGACAAGUUUUGGAGCCAAAGCAGCCCUUCUUUUUCCAAGAAAGUUCUUUGUUCAUUGUUGUUCUUUAUGACUCCACCACACAAGCAUCCUUAUCUCACAGCGUUGACUCACUCAUCUUCCUGUUUGGCUUUCACGCUGCGUUUGUUGACCCAUUUUAAUCGAAUUUAUUGUCCGUGCCACAAAGGAUUCAAGGUGUUCUCGCAAUUGUGUCAAUUCAGGAUAUUGUAUGUGUUCUAUAUAUUUAUUGAUUGAUUAAUUAUUCCCUCAGAUUUGUAUUUUUGAAGACUGUUUACUGUUUUGUGGGUGAAUAAAUAAAAAUAACAUCUGGUGGGAGGAUUUUCAUGGUAACGUUUCUGUUCAGUAAGGCAGCAGUAACAGAAAGGAGGGCAUCUAACCACGUUGAACAUUUCACCGCCCACUGGUUUGCCUACAGAAUGCUAGCAUUAGACCACAGUUUCACUCCCUCAUAGUACUAUGAAAAGGUACGUGUAAUAUAUUUAAAUUUGUAAUUAGAUUUAAGGCCCAGUACAAUCCGGUACAUCCAUGUAUGUUGUAAAAACAUGGUGGACAUUUUGAUAACUUCAUCUCCAGAAACAAUCAACCGCAGGAUAUUAAAAAAGUACAUAUUCAACUUUUAACCCCUUGACCUUUUAGUGAGAGGAUUAAUACAACCGCCUUUUAACCACAGUUUAUCACUGAUCACAUAUCCAUCCAGCUAUGGAACUCUUAAACUAUACAGUGUACGCAGCAGCUAUUGAAAUAAAUUCAGUGUUAAAGAAACAUGUAAUAUGUUUAA